CAACUUGGCUGAAACAUGGUUUCCAUCUGGAAAUGGAUCUUGGCAAACAGGAAUUAUUUCAUCAUCUUUUUGGUCCCUCUCUUUCUUCUGCCCCUGCCCCUGGUAGUGCCCACCAAGGAGGCAAGCUGCGGCUUUGUGAUCAUUGUGAUGGCGUUAUUCUGGUGCACAGAAGCUCUUCCUCUGGCCGUCACUGCGCUUUUUCCAGUCUUGCUUUUUCCAAUGAUGGGCAUCAUGGAUUCCACAGCGGUGUGCAGCCAGUAUCUGAAAGACACGAACAUGCUGUUCAUUGGCGGGCUGCUGGUUGCGAUAUCGGUGGAGAAAUGGAAUUUGCAUAAACGCAUUGCCCUAAGAGUGCUGCUGAUUGUUGGAGUUAAACCUGCCCUCCUGCUUCUUGGAUUCAUGGUGGUCACAGCCUUCCUUUCCAUGUGGAUCAGUAACACAGCCACAACGGCCAUGAUGAUACCUAUUGCACAGGCUGUGCUGCAGCAGCUUCACACCUCGGAAGAGAGAGUGGACAAGCCGUCAGAAGAAACAAAAAAGAAUGUGAAUGGAAUGGAUAAUAGCAUGUAUGAAUCAGUAUUGCCAAAUGGGAAAAUGAUCCUGGCAGUAGAAAACACUUAUGCUACUGUAAACGAGGGAUUUGAGAUGCAAGAUAGUACUAAAGAUCCUGAGCCUUCCAAGCUAGAAAAAGAAAGUAUUGGCCCAAUAGUGAUAGAACUUGAGGAUGAAAAACAAAAGGAAGAGAAGCAGAAACUUAGAUUGGAGAAGCACCUGAAGAUCUGCAAAGGAAUGACCCUUAGUGUCUGUUAUUCUGCCAGCAUUGGUGGAAUUGCAACAUUAACUGGCACUACCCCAAACCUUGUAAUGAAAGGACAAAUGGACGAGCUCUUUCCAGAGAACAAUAAUGUCAUCAAUUUUGCCUCCUGGUUUGGUUUUGCAUUUCCUACAAUGUUUGUACUUCUGGCAUUAUCCUGGUUAUGGCUCCAGUUCAUGUUUUUGGGAUUCAACUUUAAAAAGAAUUUUGGGUGCGGUGGGAAUUCAGAACAAAAGGAAAAGGAGAAGAGAGCUUUUAAAAUCAUUUCUGGGGAGCACAAAAAGUUGGGCGCCAUGACAUUUGCUGAAAUAUCUGUGCUGGUGCUAUUUAUACUUCUGGUGCUGCUGUGGUUUACAAGGGAGCCCGGAUUCAUGCCAGGAUGGGCAACCAUCAGUUUUAACAAAGAUGGCAAAGAAAUGGUCACAGAUGCCACUGUCGCCAUAUUUGUGUCCCUCAUGAUGUUUUUCUUCCCAUCGGAGUUACCUUCUUUCAAGUACAGAGAAGAUACAGAUACAGAGAAGCCAGGAAUGAAGCCAAAGUUCAGAGUACCACCAGCUUUGCUUGACUGGAAAACUGUGAACGAGAAAAUGCCUUGGAACAUUGUAAUUCUGCUGGGAGGAGGUUUUGCCCUUGCGAAGGGCAGUGAGGAAUCAGGUUUGUCAUUAUGGCUUGGAGAAAAGCUGACCCCUCUGCAAAGCAUACCCCCUGCAGCUAUUGCUCUAAUUCUGUGCCUACUCGUGGCUACAUUCACUGAGUGCACUAGCAAUGUGGCGACCACAACCCUAUUCUUACCCAUCCUAGCAUCCAUGGCCAAAGCAAUCCAUCUGAACCCACUGUAUAUCAUGCUUCCAUGCACACUAUCGGCCUCCUUGGCUUUUAUGCUGCCAGUUGCAACGCCACCCAAUGCCAUUGCCUUCUCUUAUGGGCAGCUCAAGGUUAUCGACAUGGCAAAGGCAGGACUACUGCUCAACAUUCUGGGUGUGCUGACUAUAACACUGGCCAUUAACAGCUGGGGAUUUUACAUGUUCGACUUGGGCACAUUUCCAUCCUGGGCAAACUCCACAGGGCAGCCUUAGCAUUUGUAAUGGACUGUUAAUGGCCAGUUGUGUUUAACUGGAUGCCAAGGAGCCUCAGAAGUAUGAUAAAGUGGUGGAUGUGGCACAGGUUCAGACUGGAAUUCAAAAUAGACCCUGGCAUUUCAACUACCAAGAGACUCAAACAGUCCCCCAUCAGCCCAAUAAACAGUGAUUCUUUAUGGCAUCUUACAGCAGCCCCACUGACUUCUGCCAGAAUCCACAGAUUGACAGUUCAGACUCUCUAGUGUCCGUGAAUACGCACAAGCCGUGCCCACCCUGUGACUAUAAGCAGAUGGGCCGAGUACCCUACCGGCCUACAGAAUAGUCAAGGUAGCAUCUCACUCUGCUCUGCAAAGCUUUUAAUUGGGGACCUUAUCAGUUAAUAGUACUGUUAAUAAGGGCAAUACCCAGCAGGCAAGAGUGUAAAAAGUUCUCUCUAAGAACUUAAUUUUUUGUAUCAGGGCAAGUAUCUCACUUGUAUUUAUUUAAGAAAAAUAAUGUAAACAUUUUAAUGGCUCUAUCAGUAUUGGGUGAAAUAUCUAGGUGCCCUAGGUUUCAGAGCUCAAUGAGCUACAUGUUACUAAUGCAAAUACAUCAUUAAGUAUUGUAACAAUAAAAACAUAAUACAUUUG